AUGGCGUCGUGCACAGCAUCUUCGCUCUUCCUCACACAGCUGGUCGUCGUCGUCGCGCUUCCGAUCAUCUCAUCAUCCUCCCCCGCCGGCGGAUGCUUCGACUCCAUCAUCAGCUUCGGCGACUCGCUCGCGGACACCGGGAACUUGCUCCGCCUCUCCCGCUCCGACGCCCGCCCCACGCGCGCCGGCUUCCUCCCCUACGGCGAGACCUACUUCCGCCGCCCCACUGGCCGCUUCUCCGACGGCCGUCUGGUCAUCGAUUUCAUGGCUGAGUGGCUGGGGCUUCCGUUUGUGGCUCCUUACUACGGGGAGGACGGUGGACGGAGUGCGGCGGAUUUCGGGAAGGGCGUGAAUUUCGCGGUGGCGGGAGCGACGGCGCUCGAUGCGAGCUUCUUCGAAGGGAGGGGGAUGGGCAACAGUUUCCCGAACGAGUCUCUGAGGGUUCAGCUGGGCCUCUUCAAAGAGCUUCUGCCUUCUCUACGCAGCACAUCUUCGGAUUGCAAAGAAUUUCUUGGGAAAUCUUUGGUUCUCAUGGGAGAGAUUGGGGGCAACGACUACAAUUAUCCCUUCUUCAUGGGAAGAGAUCUGGAAGAGAUGCAGGACAUCGUGCCCCUUGUAAUUGAGGAGAUUGUUUCGGCUAUCAGUGAGUUGAUUGAUUUAGGUGCAGCGACAAUAUUGGUGCCUGGGAACUUUCCGAUUGGAUGCUUGCCUGUCUAUCUGACGCAGUUCCAGAGUUCAGUCAAGGAAGAAUAUGAUCCGUCAACUGGCUGCCUUAAUUGGUUGAAUGAAUUCUCUCAGUAUCACAACGAACAGCUCCAGAGGAAACUCGAUCAUUUACGAGAGCUUCAUCCCCGAGCAAACAUUGUGUACGUUGAUUACUACAAUGCUGCACUCCGCCUUUAUCGGUCGCCGGAUAAAUUCGGGUUUGAAGGCAGGAUACUCAGAGCAUGCUGUGGAGGAGGAGGAACUUACAAUUAUAACUCGUCGCAAUCAUGCAAUUCCAACGCAACGGUAUGCGACGACCCGUCUUCGUAUGCAAGCUGGGAUGGUAUCCACUUCACGGAAGCAGCAUACAGAUGGAUUUUCAAGAGUAUAGCGGAUGGUCCAUUUACUGUACCUAAAUUGGACAUCUCUUGUCCUUCACUAGCCUUGAAUGAGCCUGCGUUAACCGAGUCCGAGUGACUAGCCACCUUAGUUGGAAAUCGAUAACAUGGA